AUGAAUUCUAAGAGGCCGAGUCAAGAAAGAGUUUCUAUUUAAUUCAAUUAAAUAUAAUACCCUUUAAACCCGAUAGUGAAUUCUAAUAUAGAUUAUAGUAAGAUAUCAGGAUUGAACUCAAAAAAUUCAAAUCAAAAUGAGGAAUUGAAGAUGACCAAUCGAUACUUAUAAACUUAAUUGACAUUAUAUCAAGGUUUAGAUUUAAUCUAGCAUUAGAGAAAGUGGGGGCUCUUGAGAAAAAGGUAUCAGAAUUAACCAAUCAAACUGAUUACUUACAAAAUGAACUAUACAAUUACCAAUUUGAACUUGAAUAAGUUUAUGUGAAUACUCAGAAGUAGUUUAGUUAAUAGGAAGUAUCAAAAGAGGAAAUUGAAGGAAAGGAAGACAAUAUCAAUUCACUUUAGGCCUAAGUUCAAGUUCUUUAAGAUAAAAUUACAACUUUACACAACAACUACCAACAGGAGAGAUUGCAAAUGAAAUAACUGCUACUCAAUAAGGAAUUGGAUAAUAAGUAAUCUAUUUAAUAACAAUUAGAUUGCUCUACUCUGAAUUGCAUAAGUUACAGAUAAACAUUGGAUAAAAAAGCGUGGCUGAAGACAAGCAGCAAUUAAAGGCAGUCAUGAAUGAAUAUAAUGAAUUUAAGAUUAAGAAAUUGAAGGAGAUCGAAUAAUUGCAGGAUUAAAUAAAUCUGUAUUAAGAGAAAUUGAAAUAAUUUGAUUAAAUGUAGAAAUUUAAAUAAUUAAAUUAGUAAAAUUGAGGAAAUAUAAUCGAAAUAUUAUGAAAUAAUUCAGGAUUAAGAUUAAUAAAAGAAAUUGGAGAAUUAAUUGAAUUCCUAGAUCCAAUAGCUUUAAAGUCAGUUGUCAAUCUUAGGUCAUCAAUGUUAAUCUUUGAAGGACGAGAAAAAUCAAUUGAAUAAAGAGAAACAAGCCAUAGAAACCUACUACUUAGAUUAACUGUAAAAGUAAGAUAACUAGAUAAAUUUGAUGAUCAAAACAAAUCACAUAUCUGAUAGCAAGGUCAUUAUACAGAAAUUGCAAUCCUAAAUAGAGUAAGUAUUUAGUUAAUUGUAGAUCUAAGGAUAAGAUAAUAAAGGAAUUGAGCCAAUAGAAAUGCAAUUGUUCAGUUAAUGCAUAAUACUAUAAGGAUUUGGAGUAAAAAAACACUACUUUAAUUUUGGAGGUGGAAAGAUUGAAUUCUAUUUUGAAAUCGAAAUUGGUGGAAUUGGAGAGUAACGAAAAAAAACUCUAGAUUGAUAAAUUAAUAUAGUAAUCAUAGUUAGACAAUGGUAUAGUUUAAAAAGUCAAGGCUCAAAAAUGA